AUGCCACCUCAACAACCGCCUCAACGUAACGAGAUUGUCGAAUGGUAUAAUUCUAUUCCGCCCAUCACAAAAGCACUUUUUACACUAUCCAUUGCCACCACAGCCAUCUCAACGUUUGGCAUCAUUUCACCAUCAUCGCUCAUCCUUUACUGGCCCAACAUUAGAAAUAAACUCCAGCUGUGGAGACUGGUAACCUGCUUCUUUUUCAACAAAAUCAGUCUUGGAUAUGCGUUCAAUCUAUAUUUUUUGUAUCGCAAUUCACUACAAUUAGAGAAUGAAGUCUUUCAAGGACAGCCCGCCGACUAUAUGUUCUUUCAUCUCUUCACUUCAGGUUUGCAGCUGACUGCAUCGAGCUUAUUUGGCACCUAUGUGCUGAGCGAUGGCCUCUUGCUCUCCAUUGCCUAUCUCUGGGCUCAACAUCAUCGUGACAUGCCAGUGACAUUCAUGUUUGGUAUCCGAUUCAAAGCACUCUACUUACCUUGGGCUAUGAUUGCCUCGGAUUUCUUGAUGUCUGGCGCUAUUCCCAGAGCCUCUGUUGCUGGUAUGGUGGCAUCUCACAUUUACUAUUACCUGACAUCGAUAUAUCCAAGCCAAGGAGGACGCCGUUACCUUCAAACACCUGAAUUCCUAAAGAGAUUGUUUCCUACAAAUAGUAGAGCAUUCCGUGGUGGAUUUGGACGUCAAGAUCAGGCAUCUGGAAGCAGUACAUCGGCAAAUAACAAUACCAACAUGUUUGGAAGACAUACUUGGGGAACUGGACAACGCUUAGGAUCUUGA